AUGGCUUCAAGGUUGAUUGCUACAAGUCUUACAUCAACAGUUAAACUUAAUGAUGGUGUAAUUAUGCCCUUAUUUGGACUUGGAGUUUAUCAAGUUGAUAAUAAUUGUCCAGAUGUAGUUGCUGCAGCUAUUAAUCAAGGUUAUCAAUUAAUUGAUACAGCUGAAUUCUAUGCAAAUGAAGAUGGUGUUGGUAAUGGAAUAAAACAAAGUGGAAAAAAACGUGAAGAUAUUUUUAUCGUUUCAAAAUGGUGGCCAUCGUCUGAAGGAGCAAAAGGUGUAAUCAAAACUCUUGAUACCUGUUUACAAAGUCUUCAGUCGAGCUAUGUUGAUUUAUAUCUUCUUCAUGCACCACAAGGUCGCCAUUGUGCUGAAGCUUAUCGAGCAUUAAUUGAAGCAAAAAAGCAAGGAAAGAUAAGAUCUUUAGGCGUUUCGAAUUUUGGUGUAGUCCAUUUAAAAGCUUUGGCUAAAUUAGGUCUUGAGAAACCAUCAGUUAAUCAAAUUGAACUUCAUCCAUGGCAACAGAAAGAAGAUAUUGUUAAUUAUUGUCGUGAACAUAAUAUUGUUGUAAUGGGCUAUUCGCCGUUGGCCAAAGGUCAAAAAAUUCAAGAUAAAACUAUCGGUGGUAUUGCAAACAAACUAUCAAAAACUCCUGCACAAGUAUUAAUUCGUUGGUCUGUUCAACAUGGAUUUAUAACGAUUCCUAAGACAUCGCAAAAGUCAAGACUUCAAUCAAACGCAGAUGUAUUUGACUGGUCAAUUCCCGAUGAAGAUAUGAAAGUAUUGGAUGCACUUGGUAAUACUCCGUGGUCAUGUACAUGGGAUCCAACACAUAAUAGUUUAAAAGAAGCUGGUCUCGAAUGA